AUGGCAGAAGGCCCACUUCUGAGUCAGCUUCCCUCUGAGACGUCCCAUCAAGACUCCGAUGAGGGACCCAGGGAGCAGAGUGAUCCCUGUGUGGAACACACAGACCCAGUGGAAGUAGAUGAGCCAGAUGGACCUGCCAAACCCAUUGCUUAUGUGAGGCCCAGGAGGUGCGAGCCCACAGCACCCGCGGAAGCUACAGAGGAUCAUGCCGAUAGAAGAAACAACCAAGAAGGAAGCGCUUACCCUGGAAGGCAGAGGUGGAGGCAGAGGCCGUGGCACAGGAGAGAGAUCGGCAACCACUCCCAGGCAGCCUUCCAGGUGUGGCGGGAAGCCUCUGAGGGACGAGUUCCACAAAUCUACAUUAACCACAGUGAAGGACCACAUCUGGAUCCGAGAACAGGGGCUGACAUGAGCGUGUACCCCACCUUUACUCCAAUAAGUCCAGUGCCAGCAGAGAUGGCCCAGUGGCCACCUAUGGUUUAUGGAUACUGGGUUGCCAUGAAGCAUCAGGUCCUGGCUACCCAUCACUAUGUUCCCUUCAUCCCCAUGACCAACACAGUCCCACACUUCAUACCAUACAGGCCCAUAUUCUUCUUGUCCAUCCCUUGGUGA